UAGUAAGACUUAAAUGCAAACUACAGUUUACAGUCUAUAUAAUAAAUAUGACAUCAAUUUGUAUGCGCUUUUGAAUACUGUAUAGACAUAUGAUAUGAAUGAAUAUAACAACAAUAGUGGCCAACAAUACUAUUUAGUGGUCGUCACGAGUGUCUUGUAUUGACCGCACAAUUGUUGGCCAAAUUCGAUGAUCACAUGUAAUGAUUGAUCCAUUGAAUGCAUUAAAUGAUUGCAAUAUAUAUAACUGUAUUUACAAUGAAAUCGUCAGUCAUAUAGUCAUAUGACUCGAAAGACAAACUGUUAUGUCAUUACAUUUGGAUUUUAUUUUAUUCAGUGACGAGACGUUUCCCACCAAUCAAUCAUCCAAUCACUGGAUUCAGUCAUUUAGUUAAUUAAUUUAUUUAAUUAAUUAAAUAUAAUUAUUAAAUAAUUUUGUUUUAUUUGGAUAUUAAUCGUAUUAACUGACGAAAGCAUAGUCGUUGUCGUCGUGCAUAGGUUUGUGUCCAUCGAUGUUACCAGUUAUGACCGAUACGUAUGGUCUGAGUUCAGGCGGAAAGUCGCAAACAUUGACUUUUUUGGAUCCUGAAGAAGCCAACGAUCUGUUGGGUGCCGACACACAGGGAUCAGAGUAUGAUUUCAAUGAUUUUACAUUACCGUCUCAAUCGCAGGCCAGUCAGUUGGACAGCAAUUUAUCCCAACGAACGAGAGACACACCAUUAACCAAUGGUUUGUCGUCAAACGUAACACAAAUAACCAAUUCAUUUGGUGAUCUGAACUUUGAAGAGGAUGACGAAGACCAGUACUUUAGUAAAGCACUUCCAGAGCACGCCUGCAAGUACUGUGGUAUUCACGAUCCGAGUUGUGUUAUUCAAUGCAAUGUCUGCAAGAAAUGGUUUUGCAAUGGAAGAGGCAAUACAUCUGGAAGUCAUGCGGUCAACCAUUUGGUGAGAGCCAAACAUAAAGAGGUGACACUUCAUAAGGACGGACCGCUUGGCGAGACAUUGCUCGAGUGCUAUAGUUGUGGCUGUCGUAAUGUAUUUGUUUUGGGUUUUAUACCGGCAAAAGCCGAUUCAGUGGUCGUAUUGCUGUGUCGUCAACCCUGUGCCGCUCAAAGUAGUCUCAAAGACAUGAACUGGGAUCCAGACCAAUGGAAACCACUUAUCAGUGAUCGUACGUUUCUGUCGUGGCUUGUGAAGGUUCCCACGGAACAGGAUCAGCUCCGAGCCCGACAAAUAACAGCUCAGCAAAUCAACAAAUUGGAAGAGCUUUGGAAAGAGGGCAACAUUGAGGCGACAUUUCAAGAUUUGGAAAAGCCUGGAGUCGAUGAAGAGCCACAACAGGUGCUACUGAGAUAUGAAGACGGAUAUCAAUAUCAGAAUAUCUUUGGACCGUUAGUUAAAUUAGAGGCCGAUUACGAUAAGAAGCUGAAAGAAUCGCAAACACAGGAUAACAUUGAAGUUCGUUGGGAUAUCGGUCUCAAUAAGAAAAUUAUCGCAUUUUUUACUAUUGCAAAAUCGGACACUGAUAUGCGUCUCAUGCACGGCGAUGAACUCAGGUUAAGAUAUUUAGGCGAAUCAGUGAAGCCGUGGUCAGGUGUCGGACACGUCACUAAAAUACCCGACAAUUUUAGCGAAGAAGUCGGUAUUGAAUUGAAAAGCAAUGUCGGAGUUCCUACAGAUUGUAUCACCAAUUUUGUUGUCGACUUUGUAUGGAAAUCAACUUCAUUUGAUAGAAUGCAGGGCGCGUUACGCAAGUUUGCAAUGGACGAGUUAUCUGUUUCGGGUUAUAUCUAUCAUAAACUACUUGGCCAUGAAAUUGAAGACGUAGUGAUGCGCUGUUCACUACCUAAACAAUUUUCAGCUCCCAAUCUGCCAGAACUCAAUCGAUCGCAAGUCUACGCUGUAAAACAUUCAGUCCAGCGGCCACUAUCGCUAAUUCAAGGCCCGCCCGGAACUGGCAAAACGGUGACAUCGGCAACAAUUGUCUAUCAUUUGGUCAAAACUGGAAAUACACCGGUUCUGGUGUGCGCGCCGAGUAACAUAGCUGUCGAUCAAUUGACCGAAAAGAUACACAAAACUGGUCUCAAAGUGGUUCGUCUGUGCGCUAAAAGCCGUGAAGCCAUCAAUUCUCCCGUUUCUUUUCUGGCUCUUCACAAUCAGAUUCGCAAUAUGGAAGGUCAUACAGAAUUGCAUAAACUUCAGAUGCUUAAGGAUGAAACGGGAGAAUUGUCGUCUGCCGACGAAAAAAGAUAUCGAUUAUUGAAGAAGGCGUGUGAAAGGGAACUGUUGGAAGCGGCAGAUGUCAUAUGCUGUACGUGUGUCGGAGCCGGAGAUCCGCGAUUGACUCGCUUUAAGUUUCACUCGAUUUUGAUCGACGAGUCAAUGCAGGCCACAGAACCCGAAUGUAUGGUUCCCGUUGUGUUGGGCGCAAAACAAUUGGUAUUAGUCGGCGAUCACUGUCAGUUGGGACCAGUAGUCAUGUGCAAAAAGGCGGCACGAGCUGGUCUGUCGCAGUCAUUGUUCGAACGACUAGUAGUUCUUGGAAUACGUCCGCUUCGUCUCGAAGUUCAAUAUCGUAUGCAUCCAUCGCUUAGCAAAUUCCCAUCAAAUUUCUUUUACGAGGGCUCACUACAGAAUGGUGUCUACGCUGACGAUAGAAAGAUGACAGGAAUUGACUUUCCAUGGCCUCAACCCGACAAACCAAUGCUUUUCUACUGCUGUCAGGGACAGGAAGAGAUUGCCGGCUCGGGAACAUCGUAUUUAAAUCGUACCGAAGCAUCGUUUGUCGAAAAGAUAACGACUCGAUUUCUAAAAGCUGGUGUCAAACCGGAACAGAUAGGCGUUAUUACUCCUUAUGAAGGACAGCGCGCAUAUCUUGUCCAAUACAUGCAAUAUAACGGCUCAUUUCAUGCAAAACUAUACCAGGAGAUCGAAGUUGCGUCAGUUGACGCCUUUCAGGGCCGAGAAAAAGACAUUAUCAUAAUGUCUUGCGUCCGAUCCAAUGAACACCAGGGCAUCGGUUUUCUCAACGAUCCGCGACGUCUUAAUGUUGCUCUGACCAGAGCUCGCUAUGGUAUUAUAAUUGUCGGUAAUCCUAAAGUGCUUUCAAAGCAACCUCUUUGGAACCAUUUGUUGACGUUUUAUAAGGAAAACAAAGUGCUCGUCGAAGGACCGCUCAAUAAUCUGAAGGAAAGUUUGAUUCAAUUUAGUAAACCACGAAAAAUGGUUAAUUCAUUGAAUCCUGGAUCGCAUUUUAUGUCAACAGCUAUGUUUGACGCGAGAGAAGCCAUGAUUCCCGGCAGUGUUUAUGACCGAUCUGGUAAUGGCCAACACUAUAACAAUGCCAUGCAUUUGAAUUCGGGAGCAAACAACUCGCAUAAUCCAUACUAUAGACCGCACGACCAGUUGUCAUAUAUCAGUCAAGAUCGAGCUCACGCCAAUCCAUCGUUGACCAGUGCCCUACCGGUGCCAAUAGGAAUGUUUAUGAAUAUGCCACACAUUCCACCGAGAUUUUAUAAUCAACAGAUGACUGGAACACGUCAGCCACCAGUUACUACUGGCAAGGGUUUCGGCGGCAAAGGUUCGGCUGUUGGCCGAAACAAGAGCACGAAUCGUCGUUUUAAUAGCAAGAAUGAUAGUGAUUACUACCCGAACAGUCAACCGGCCAGUCAGGACACAAGUUUGGGCGGAUCAUCGUUAUCUCAGGGACCACUGACACAGGGACAGUUGUCUAUGAGUCAAAUGAGUCAACCGCCUUAUUCCAGUCUAUCGCAGACCGGCCUAUCCCAGGCCUGCCUCUCGCAGACUGAGCUCUCACAGGAUCCGUAUUCAUUGGAAGACUUGAGAUCACAGGCUGAAGGCUUGUUAUCCCAGGACUCCAGUUAUCAAACUACUAACGACCGGAACACAUAUUUUAUGGCCUCACAAAUGGGCGCACAGUAUUCACAGCCCUACUGACCCCCGAAAUCGUAUGAAUUUAAAAACAAAACAAAACUGAUGGCACUUUAAUGGGUGUAAUAAAUACAAUGAGUACACAAAAUAAAGUGAACCCACGAAUUGAAAAGAUAACGCGUUUCAUAAACUAAAUUAUGGGAUUUCGACGGUCGACGUAAAAAAAAGACUAAAUAACUUCACCGAUCAAUUCAAUCAAACAAACAAAACCAAAUCAACCACUUUGUCAGUCUCUGUCUCUGAAAAAAAAUUACAAUUUAAAACAAAAAUCGCUGCAAAAUCAAUAGGCAAUUGACAACGCUAUUAGCAAAUUGCAAAAAAUGUGUUUUAUGUUGAAAUCAUUUGAUUUUAAUUGCAUGUGAAUUAUAUAAGGAAAAGAAAAGCAAAGAUUUUACAACAAAUUUUUAAUUUUGAUGACAAAUAUAUAUACAUUUAUAAUAUCUUCUAAUGUAAUUAAAAUCAUAUAACAAA